AUGUUUGCCUUUUUAUUCUCACUUGCUACCAACCCUCAUCUCCUGACAGCCUGGAAUCUCAAAGUCUUCAAUAGCCCUACAUAUUCUGCCGAUCCUACAUCCGGACUCAUAUUUUCGUUCAUCUUGAUAUGGAUUCUACGUACCUUACCAGGCAGCACCAUGGAGCCAGCCGUGAUCCUCGCCGUGCUGGUAGAGCUAACCAAGGAGCUGGUCACGCUGAUAGACAACACUACUCCCGAAACCAACCAUACCAACCCCAAAGCCAACACCAUCAGGUAA